AUGGAGGAGGAAAUGUUCUUUGCAAUUUCCGGUCACAACUUCACGGUUGUUGGACUUGACGGUGCAUAUCUGACUCCGAUACCCACAAACUACAUCACGAUAACUCCUGGCCAAACGAUGGACAUAUUGCUCACUACGAAUCAGACUCCGCGUAGUUACUACAUGGGUGGAAAGGCUUUUGUCGACUCCAAAUUUGGUACACCCAUGAACUCCACAACAAGAGCAAUUCUUCAAUACCGCAAUUAUAAAGGCACUGAAACUCCAGUUGAUCUUGGAGACCUUCUUCCAGCUGAUUCAAAAAACGCGAGUUAUGCAAAGGCCUUCACCGAAAGAGUUCGAACCAGCGGAUUGACAGGCAACGAUGAUUACCCGAUUACGGUCCCCACUGAUUCUGAAAUCAAUAAGAACUUCACCAUCACAAUUUCUGUGAAUACGCUUCCUUGUCCAUAUCCUAGUAACAAUUGCACGGCGCCGCAAAAUUAUAAUGCAACUUGGACAGGGAUGCACGCUGCAUCCUUAAACAACCAACGUUUCGUCACCCAAAAUGUCAACAUACUGCAGGCAUAUCGCUGCAACAUAGAAGAUGUCUACACGGAGGAUUUCCCAGACAGACCAGAGGAGUUCGACUACACUGGGGCGACCGGAAAUAAUGAAACAGUUCCAACUGUAGGUACGAAGGUGAUGACAGUUGACUAUGGAGAAGCAGUUGAAAUAGUUUUCCAAGGAACCAAUGUCGGAAACGCAGAGAACCAUCCCAUGCAUAUUCAUGGUUAUAACUUCUAUCUGGUUGGGAGUGAUGAUGGCAAUUUCAACUACUCUUCACGUGAAACUUUUAAUUUGACAUCCCCAGCUGAAGCCAAUACCUUUGGAGUCCCUAAGAAUGGAUGGCUCGCUGUUAGAUUCUGGGCUAACAAUCCUGGAGUGUGGUUUCUACAUUGCCAUUUGGAAAGGCAUGCUUCCUGGGGUAUGGCCGGAGUACUCAUCGUGAAGAAUACAACUACUGACGUAAAACAAAGUCUUUUGGAUCCCCCUGCAGGCUACCCCCCUUGUCCCUAA